AUAUAGAACCCAAAUGCUUAUUCUAAGUGAAGCUGAUUUUCUUGAAAUAGAAUUCCAACUUAAUGCCAUAUGGCUCCAGGCUUACUCUCCUCUGCUUUGGCCUUAAUGCUCUUGCUGUUUAUAGCAGAGCUUUGGUGCUGCAUUGAGUCAAGUAGGGUUGUUUUGGGUUCAAGAUUGUUAGCUAAAGAGAACAAAGCAUGGUUUUCUGACAAUAAAACUUUUGCAUUUGGCUUCACACCAACAGCAGAAUCACAUGAUCAAUAUCAGUUGUCUAUUUGGUUUGCGCAACUUCCAGGGGAUCGCACAUUGGUUUGGUCACCUAGCAUAAACUCUCCAGUCACCAGAGACGCAAUUUUGGAGUUCGACAACACUGGAAAUCUCAUGUUGAUGGACAGAGGCACCACUGUAUGGGCAUCAAACACCUCAGAAGCUGGCAUUGAGACGGCUGUCAUGUCUGAAAAUGGCAACUUCAUUCUCUACGCCGACAACCUAAGCAUUGUAUGGCAGAGCUUUUCACAUCCAUCAGAUACUCUAUUACCUGGCCAACCUUUAACAGUGUCAGUAGAACUAACAUCAUCAAAAUCGCCUUCCCCCGGAGGUUAUUACACGUUAAAAAUGUUGCAGCAGCCCACCUCAUUAAACCUUGCAUUGACCUACAAUGUGCCCGAGUCCUAUCAUAUGUCGCCUGAAUUGUAUAGCAAUUAUUCUUACUGGUCAGGACCUGAUAUAUCAAAUGUGACAGGAGAUGUUGUUGCAGUUUUGGACAAAGCUGGAAGCUUUGGUAUGGUUUAUGGAUCGUCUUCGGAUGGAGCAGUUUAUGUGUACAAGAAUGAUGGUGAUUAUGGAGGGCUAUUCUCGGCUGUGAAUCAAUCUAAUGAUUGGACUAGAGCAUCUGUUUUGAGAAGGUUAAUUCUUGAGGGUAAUGGAAAUCUACGUUUGUAUCGAUGGGACAACGAUGUGAAUGGAUCGAGGCAAUGGGUUGCAGAGUGGGCUGCUGUGUCCAAUCCAUGUGGCAUUGCUGGAAUUUGUGGCAAUGGGAUUUGUAAUUUAGACAGAAGUAAAACGAAUGCUUCUUGCACAUGCUUACCAGGCACUUCUAAGGUGGGAAACGAUAUCUCGUGUUCUGUAAAUUCUUUAUUGACAAGGAAAUGUGGACCUCAUCAUGAAAAUUUGACUUCCCAGUUCAAGAUUUCUACAGUUCAACAAACUGCUUACUAUUUCUCAGGAUCAUCUGUUAUAGCAAAUUAUAGUGAUAUAGAGUCAGUGUCCAAAUGUGGGAAUGCUUGCUUAUCAAAUUGUGAUUGUGUUGCUUCUGUUUAUGGUCUUAGUGAGGAAAAGCCUUACUGUUGGGUCCUUAGAAACUUGGAAUUUGGUGGAUUCGAGGAUCCUGGCUCAACUCUAUUCGUGAAGGCUGAGGCUAAUGGCUCAUUUGGAGUGAGUGGUGACAAACAAACUGGGAAUUCAUCAGACGAAUCGCAGAGUACACGCGAUAAAGUUUUGAUACUUCCUAUAGUCCUAAGUAUGACAGUUCUCAUCGCGCUGCUCGGUUGUCUGUUAUAUAUCAAUAUCCAUAGAAAAAGAUCCUUAAAGAGAGCUCUUGAGGGCUCUUUGAUCUUAUCAGGAGCUCCGAUUAGUUUCAGCUACCGUGACUUGCAACACCGGACUAACAAUUUUUCUGAGUUACUUGGAACAGGUGGAUUUGGCAGUGUAUACAAGGGAAGCCUUGGAGAUGGAACAUUGAUCGCUGUAAAGAAGCUUGGCAAAGUUUUACCUCAUGGGGAACAGGAAUUUAUAACAGAGGUCAACACCAUUGGCUCUAUGCAUCAUAUGAACUUGGUUCGUCUAUGCGGAUACUGUUCUGAGGGAACACGAAGGCUACUAGUGUAUGAGUUCAUGAAAAAUGGCUCACUGGACAAGUGGAUAUUCCAUUCAUAUAGUAACCGAGAUAGAUUACUAGUUUGGCCUACACGUUUUCGCAUAGCCAUUGCUACUGCACAAGGGAUAGCCUAUUUUCAUGAGCAAUGCAGGAACAGAAUCAUACACUGCGACAUCAAGCCAGAGAACAUACUCUUAGAUGAGAAUUUCUGUCCCAAAGUUUCUGAUUUUGGACUAGCUAAAUUGAUGGGGAGAGAGCAUUCCCAUGUGGUCACUAUGGUCCGAGGAACCAGAGGCUAUUUAGCCCCCGAGUGGGUCAGCAACCGACCCAUAACUGUAAAAGCUGAUGUUUACAGCUACGGUAUGCUGCUGCUAGAAAUUGUUGGUGGCCGGAGAAAUCUUGAUAUGACUUGUGAUGCUGAGGACUUCUUUUACCCUGGAUGGGCUUACAAGGAAAUGAGCGAAGGAACGCCAGAAAAAGUUGUUGAUAGACGACUUGAAGAAGCAAUCGAAAAAGAAGAGGUAAUGAGAGCUUUAAUGGUAGCUUUUUGGUGUAUUCAGGAUGAAGUUUCGACGAGGCCUACGAUGGGGGAAGUGGUGAAGAUGUUGGAAGGAUCAGUUGACAUUAAUAUGCCUCCAAUGCCACAGACAGUUUUAGAGCUAAUAGAAGAAGGCUUAGAUCAUGUAUACAGAUCUAUGAAAAGGGAGCUCAAUCAAUUCAGCUCCUUUACUAUUACUACUCAACCAUCAUCUAAUGCUACAUGCAGUUACUCCACAAUGUCACCUAGAUAGUUAAAAAAGGUUGAAUGGAAUAGGAAGUUUUGUUAGGAUUAUGUAAAUGUAAAACCAUUGAUGUUUCAAAUAAGCCAAUAGCUUGAUGUCAGCUUCUAUAGCAUAAGCUUUAAGUCCAUCAACGAAUAAUAAACAUUUCAUAAGAGAAAUAAUAAGUUUUUGCAAGAGCUAACAAAAUUGUGCAUUUCAAGUAAAAUAUACAUAUGUAGCAAAAUUUGCAGAGAAUUUUGCAUGACCAGUUUGAGUGUAUUUUUUUGCCCAGACAUAGAGUACCCCUAAGGGACUGUACUUUUCUGAAUUUCAAUCAUAUUCUAUGCACUUUAAAUU